AUGGACCGAAGCUUGGAUGAGAUUAUAGUGGAACGGCCCUCCUCAAACCGUGGCCGAUCUCGAACCCGUCCUCGACGGGGCAAUGCGCCUCGAGAUGGUGUCAAAAAGGUCUCUGGUUUAAUCGCCCCAACACCUACAAGAAGUCUUCUUCUUUCUCCUCUCGCACCCUCUAGCCGCUCCGUAAAGGCACACCUAAACCAAGGCCUGGGCACGCUCAAAGCUUGCUCGAUUUCCUCCCAAGCCAUCAAGUGUUGGCCACAUCAUCUAGAUGACCUUCAGCUGACCUCCCUUAUUAUUCUUGAACAACAGCCUUUUAGAACAGAGCGUGCCAACCUGGAUCUUGACUGGGUUCAUGAUAAGUUCGAAGAUGACAGAAACACUCGUCCCUCGUAUCGUGACAGCCGAGCCCGUCGUCUCGACCGCUAUUCUCCAGAACCCGAACAACCCCAAACCGGUGCCAAACUUCGCGUCUCCAACCUGCACUACGACUUAACAGAAGAUGAUUUGGAGGAUCUUUUUACUCGCAUCGGUCCAAUUAGCGCACUUUCCCUGCGGUACGAUCGAGCUGGCCGUUCAGAGGGAAUUGCGUUUGUGACGUAUAAACGUUUAGUGGAUGCUCAAAACGCCAUCCGCGAGUUCGAUGGCGCGAACGCGAAAGGGCAACCGAUCACUCUCACGAUGAUAUCGGCCACCCCAGGCAGAUCCGCUGGGCGAAAUCCCUUUGACUUCGUUGAAAAGCCAAAAGGCAGCCUAUUUGACCGAACUGAAAAGCCCCGCACCAGAAAUAGUCGGAGUCUCAGCCCGGAAGCGAAUGAAAGCGCAGACGUCACCACAGGUCGUGGUGGCGGACGGUUCCGCAGAAGCGAUGUCUCUAAGCCUCCGCCGGACCACAUCGAUCGCUACGUCCCGGGCCAACGGUCGCCAAGGCGAAGGGGCGAUGGCGGAAGGCGCCGGCGGGGGGAUGCGAGAGGCAGCCAAGAGCGAAAUGGCAAUGCGGCAGAGUCGGGCCGACGAGAAGGAAACAGGAGACCAAAAAAGACGCAGGAAGAGCUGGACCAGGAGAUGGAGGAUUACUGGGGUACCACUGCCGCGCCCAAUGGCAACGGCAGCGGAACUGCUGCCAUAACAUCUUCUUCUGCUGCCCCUGCAUCUGCUGCUCUGGAUGAUGAUAUUGACAUGAUUGAGUAA